AUGCCCCAAGACCUACAGGCUACAAUUCCUAACGAGUACAGCCUCUCUCAAAAUAUCAAUUCCAAUACAGGCUUCCGACAAGCCCUAACAACAUAUGGAGAUGCACAUUUCUCUCUAUUCCUGCGCAAGGUCUUCAUCAAGGCUCUCGGAUACACUGAUGAUGCUCUUUCUCGCCCUAUUAUCGGCAUCAUCAAUACGAAUUCCGGAUUCAACCCAUGCCACGGCAAUGCUUCCCAGCUCAUCGAGGCAGCCAAGCGGGGAAUCAUGUUAAGUGGAGGCAUUGCUAUUGAUUUUCCUACGAUCAGUUUGCAUGAGGGAUUCUCUCAUCCGACAAGCAUGUUUCUGCGAAAUUUAAUGAGUAUGGAUACGGAAGAGAUGAUAAGAGCGCAGCCUGUAGACGCGUGUAUCAUGAUUGGAGGUUGUGAUAAAACCGUACCCGCUCAAAUAAUGGGCGGCAUAUCGGCCAACAAACCCAUUUUACCCCUCUUAACAGGGCCGAUGAUGCCGGGAAGUCAUGGAGGGCGAAGAAUCGGCGCUUGUACCGAUUGUCGCAAUAACUGGGCUUCAUAUAGGGCUGGAAAAAUAGAUAUGGAAGAGAUCAUGGCAAUCAACGAGGAGCUGGCCCCGACUAUAGGGACUUGUGGCGUCAUGGGGACAGCAAGCACAAUGGCAUGUAUCACAGCAGCACUUGGUCUUAUUCCCCUCCAAGGAGCUUCUGCACCAGCUGUCUCUGCCUCACGUCUCCGAGUAGCAGAGCAGACGGGUAUUCUUGCUGUUGCAGCUGCGAAGGAGCAAAGAGUCCCUCAAGAUAUUCUUUCAUUAGAGUCUUUCUACAAUGCAGCCAUUGUUCUGCAGGCUAUUGGAGGAUCUACCAAUGCAAUGGUUCACCUUAUGGCCAUUAUCAACCGCCAUCCCAACCUCAAAGGAGUCACAUUAAAGACACUUGACGACAUUGGCCUAAAGACUCCCCUUUUGGUGGAUUUAAAACCAAGUGGAGAUAAUUACAUGACGGACUUUCACAACGCAGGAGGAAUGCUAUGUCUUCUCCAUCAACUACGUCCGUUAUUAUAUCUUUCGGCCAGAACCAUCUCGGGAGAAACCCUUGGUGAGGUCCUAGAUCGCAGUCCAUUUCGUUAUUUUGAAUGCUCACGCACUAUUAUCCGCCCACUUUCUGAACCUCUAUAUCCCUACUCAUCGUUGGCAGUGGUGUACGGCAACAUAGCUCCCAACGGCGCGGUUAUAAAAGUCUUGCCUCAAAAGACAAGCGUUUACUUCGUCAUACCGGGUAUUGGACCAAUUGGAAAUCCCGGGAUGCCAGAAGCCGGCAUGAUUCCGAUCCCACGAAAGCUCGCAGAACAAGGAGUGACUGAUAUGCUUCGGAUGUCUGAUGGGCGCAUGUCCGGGACUGCGGGGGGCACGAUAAUUUUGCAUAUCUCACCUGAGUCGGCUAUCCCUGACUCUCCGUUUGGUGUUGUUCAGACAGGAGACUUUAUUAUGUGCGAUGUUGAAGCGCGGAAGUUGGAGCUGUGUAUCAACGAGGAAGAGUUCAGGACACGGAUAUCUGCGAGACAACAGAUACUGAGCACGGGAACUGGCGAUGAACCAUCGCAAUGGGUGCAGCGACAUACUCGAAGAGGUUAUCGAGGUCUCUACGAGCGGACUGUCAACCAGGCGCACGAGGGUGCUGAUUUUAGUUUUCUUACAGCGACUGGAAAUUAA